GCAUUUGUGGAAUAUACGAAAGAUCAGAACGAUAAAGUUCCAGCUACUUCAAACUGAAGCUCGCUGUCUUCCUCGUGGCCUUCGGGGUUCAUAGCCUGGGUUUCAAAAGAUGGAUGACAUGCACAGCUUUUGGCAAUUGGGAAAUCAGCUUCGUGGACAGUCAAGAACAUCGGAGGAUCACAAAUGGCUUUUGGCUGCUUCUAAAUUGGCUGAGCAGACAAGGUUAAAAGGAGAGCGUCUGAAUAACCUUGAUCUUUCAAAGGGUCCAAUUGAAACAAGGUCAAGGGACAAAUUUGGGUAUCAGGAAGAUAACAAAUUCGACACUCUUAAUGUCAGCAUGUUAAAUGCAGAUUCUACAAUUACCGAACAUGUGAACAAAAACUCUUUCCGAAAUGGUGUAAUAUACAAUAUGAAUGUAGUGUAUCAGAAGAACAAUUCAAGCUUGGUGGGAAAUAUGAACAGUGACAAGUAUAGUGGCAAUGUUCAGAACAAAGAAUCUCACAACUGUAGCAAUAAUAACAGCAAUGAUAGUGUCAACUCAAAUGCAAAUGACAAAAGGUAUAAGACGUUGCCUGCAUCAGAAACACUGCCUCGAAAUGAGGUUCUUGGUGGAUACAUCUUUGUGUGUAACAACGACACAAUGGAGGAAGAUUUGAAGCAUCAGCUAUUUGGUUUGCCUUCGAGGUAUCGGGAUUCUGUUCGAGCAAUUACACCAGGGCUGCCUCUCUUUUUGUAUAACUAUACCACUCAUCAGCUGCACGGUAUUUUUGAGGCGGCAAGUUUUGGAGGCUCUAACAUUGAUCCUACUGCAUGGGAGGAUAAAAAAUGCAAAGGCGAAUCGAGAUUUCCUGCUCAGGUAAGGAUCCGUGUGAGGAAACUCUGCGAGGCACUGGAAGAAGAUUCAUUCAGGCCUGUUUUACAUCAUUACGAUGGUCCUAAGUUUCGUCUUGAGCUGUCAGUUCCAGAGACCCUGGAUCUGUUAGACCGAUGUGAACAAGCCGGCCCAGCAGCCUAGGCCGCAUAAGUUAUAGAACAUGGGCUUUGGUACGCUGGAUGUGUGCUUUCGGCAGAUUUUCCAUGAAGGGUAAGCUUGGAAAUU